CAACACCCAACCCAUUGUCUCCAUCUUCCAAGCCCACACCACACCACUCUCUCUCACUUUUUCUCUUGUCUCGCAAUCGCAAACGCAUGGCUCCCAGGGAUAACAACACCAGCAGAUCCGCCGCCGCCAUUGGGCCCGGGCCUGGGCCCGCCCCGGCCCAUUUGCCCAAAGAGAUCCGCUACAGAGGCGUCAGGAAGCGCCCCUGGGGACGCUACGCCGCCGAGAUCCGCGACCCGGGAAAGAAAACGCGCGUCUGGCUCGGCACGUUCGACACCGCCGAGGAGGCCGCGCGUGCCUACGACGCCGCGGCGCGUGAGUUUCGCGGCGCCAAGGCCAAGACGAAUUUCCCCACGCGCGCGGAAAUGACGGCCCACGCCGCGCGCAGUCCCAGCCAGAGCAGCACGCUCGAGUCCUCCCCCCCCUUUGAUGGUGCUGCCACCAACAAAGCAGAUGGUGCGAGACCUAUUGGUGAUGGCCUUACAUUGUAG